ACCUUUGUUAUUAAACCCGGUUCACAACCAUCCUUGGUCUGCUCGGCACAAUGAUGGUAACAAGCUCAAGGAACACGAUGGGGAUCUUUGGAGCACCAACCAAUAAUGUACCUGAGGGAGUGCUUCCGUCUGUAAAGUCCCCCAGAAAAGGUCGCCGUCUGAAAAAACGUCUGGAAGUUUCCGAGACAAAUUCGGAGUCACAUCAAGAAAUCACUUCUUCUAGUCAUUAUAGAACUUUCGAAAAUGACCUUAUUCCUGGCCAGAGUCUUUCACCACAAACCUCCAGUCUUUGCACACAAACUCACUUUUCAAGCAUUCGCUGCCAAGCAUUUUACUACGCUAUUCAGGAAAAAUUAUUCUCUUCUUUGUCUCAAGAAAAAUUACUUUAUAUUGGUAAUGAGCAUUUGCUAGCUGUGAACUCAGAUUUGGAUGAUAAAGUUGACGCAGCAUUGAGAGCAGAAACUUUGUUCAAAUUGUGGUCCUUACAUAGCGCCUAUUAUUCGCUUUCCUCCAUCAUAUUCUGCAAGGCAGUGUGUUUAAUGGAUUUGCUGGUUGCCAGAGUCAAAGUUAAACCAAAGUACGCAAUGUGCGUGGCCGCUGCAUGCUACUACAUCACUUCCAAGUUCGAGAGAUCAUCCGAACACGUUUCACCCACACCCGAAAGCCUUGUAACGCUAUCACGAUGUGGCGGCACAGCUGCUGAUCUGACGCGAAUGGUGGAAAUUAUCCUUACAAAGUUGGGGCCUUCCAGCGUUGCUGCUAUCGGUGCAUGCUCGGCUACAGCCAUUGAUUUCCUGUCCAUUUUCUCCUCGUUCGGCAUCCCGUUUGCGUCUUAUCAAAAUGAAUCUAGAAAUCAAAACUCUUGGUUGCCUGUCCCUAUUUCUAUUUGUCGUCAGAUCGAAAUAGCUCUAGUCUCCUCAGAGGUAUCGUGCUUUCGUCCUUCGUGCCUAGCACUGGCCUUGCUCAAUCAUCUUUGUUUUAAUUCAGCUGUGGGGUCACUGGGUUCAGCUGACGAUUGGUUGCAGUUCCAUACGUCUGACCUCUAUAACUUGUCACUUAUAUGUAACGUAAGUAACUUUAACGCCUAAUUUAUAUUUGUUAAACAAAUUUCACUUCAUAAAUUCCCUUCUCAUCACUUAGAAAUGACAUCUUGUUUGACCAAUGCAUUUUUUAAUGGGCAAUAAGCACAUUCAUAAUAAUUCUUGAUUUUGGUGGAAAUAUUACUCAUAUAUGUUUAGUGAUCUCUCUGACUACGGAUAUAUAUUAUUUCCUGGCUGAUCCUAACAGUCUACAACUUCUGGUUUGUUUUUGACCCUACAAGUUUUUGGGUUUUGGAAACAUCACAUUAAACAAGUUCUAAUGGUUGAUAAUAACAUAACUUAUCGUAAUCUACUGAAAUAUGCUGCCAUUAAAAAAACUAAGUGCCCUCAUCGGCAAUCCCACAUUUAUUUUGAGGUCUGCUGGUCAAAUGACCUUAUCAAACACAAUUACAGUUGAUUACGGGAUAGCUGUUAAAAAUUUCUUGGACUGAUGUUGUUGCAUGUUCUUCCACAUUGAAGGAAGCACUUACCAAAACAUCGGGAUCCUACACAGUUCAGGAUUAUCCUUCAUCCCGUCUAUUAGGCAGCUCCCCACCACUUGUGUGGACUUUAUCAAGGCGCACACAACGCAGCAUUUCUACAUCUUCUCCUCCAGCUCUUUCAACUAUCACAGAGGUAGAUGAGGAGCGGGUUCUUUUAAAUGAUAUUUUUUCGAACAUGGAUUUGGGUUUAUAAAACUUUGACGAGGCAUAUUCAAAUUUUAACGUUGUAUCAUCAUUUUAUUCAACUAUCCUCCCAUCCUAUUAUUUUUCAGCUUUUAUAAUCCUAAUAUAAAUUUUGAUCAUUAAACCAAUCUGUGAUUGGGAAAUCCAAGGAAAAAAAAUCUUUUUAAACUUACUGUGAG